CUGCUAGGAGGAGGAUUCAAGGUGUGCUCAUUCCUCAAACCAAAUGCUACUCUGGACCAAAUCAUGGAAGGUUGUGACCACAAUUGUAGAGACUUUACUAAAAAAGAUUAUAUUAUAAUCAUCACGAAAUCAAUUGACAAAAACCCUUUGAAACUUCAGUCCUUUCUGUAUUACUACCUCAACAUGCUUCAACAUACAAAUGUUAUCUUUGGUCAAAUAUGUACUAGUAAGUUUUUAAAUGAAGCUAAGCUCAACAGCGUCAUAAAUUUAAUAUGUAACAACUUCAACCACGCCACCUUUGUCGACUUCCAGGCUGCUGGUAUCCGGAAUAAUAGUAAAUUGAUAAAAUGUAGAGUAUUGUUACGAGAAAUCCUCAAACAAUGUUAUCAUCACAAUUACACAGAAUUUAAAUCAGCUAGUAAUGUAAGUAGUGCAGAUAAAGGUACUCAAACUGUUAACAACGCUCUAAGCUUAGAUGACUGCAAUUGCAAUGAGAUUGUUGAAAGUGCUAAUGACAAUGGUGAUAAGCUUUUUCGCUAGUACUUGCACUACUGAGCCGAUGAUUAACGUUAAAAAAUGUUCUAAAGAGUUACAUAGAGAAGUUCACAUUUUUCAUCAAAAUGUUUGUAGUAUAUCUAAUAAAAAGGAUGAUUUUGAAUUAUAUAUUAGCGGUCUAGACAAGCAACCUAUGUAUGUAUGUAUGACUGAACACUUUUUAAAUAAAUUCUCGGCACCGCUUUUUAACAUGAACCAUUACUAUAUGGCCGCAUGCAAUACUAGAGGGAUUAAGUCUAGAGGUGGCUCUCUCAUAUUAGCUCACCAAAAUUGUAAAUGUGAAGAGCUAGAAAUCUGUAAAAAGAUGUACAAAAUUGACAGUUUUGAAUUAUGUGGUGUAAAAGAUAAUGAUACAAACUUAAUUAUUUUGUGCUUGUACCGCACACCUACUGAAAAAAACUUUGUUGAGUUUAUUACUAAACUGGAAUCACUGCUGGAACACUUUUUCAGCAAGAAGGUUAUUCUUGUGGGUGAUUUUAACGUAGACCUACUGACAAAUAAUAGAUACAAAAACGAUUUUUUAAAUAUUUUGACAUGUUAUAAUUUUCGACCACUAUUUGACGAAGCAACGUUCAUUCGAAAUAAUUCACUAUCAUGUAUUGAUAAUUUUUUGACUAAUUUACCCACUGAUGACAUAACUAAUAUUGAAAUUGACCACAAUAAUCUAGCUGAUAGACAUGCAGGUAUUUCUGGCACCUACAAAACUACACUCGUGUCAUCAAACAAUAGUAAAUUUAGUAAUAAUCAGGGUAUUUACAAAGAACAAAGAAAUUAUUGUAAAAAAAACAAAUACACUUUCAGAGACAACAUUUUAAACCAAAACUGGCAUGCAUUAGGUGUAAAUGGCUUUCUAUGUAAAUUCACUGAAAUAUUCCAUUGCAGCUUCCCAAAACGUAAAAGAAAAAUAAACUCAAAUAUUGAGAACAAAAAUCGUUGGAUAUCAAAAGGCAUAAGGGUCUACAGUAAAAUGAAGCGUUUUUUAAGUUCUGGAAAUAAAUCCAAUACCGACGCUUCUAUUUUGGUUUACAAGCAUAAUUAUAUUUCCCAAUACCGUAAAGUUAUUAGAAGUCUAAAACGGAAUACUGUCAUAAAAGAACUUGUAAAAACUGAAUUUUCAUCGAAAUCAAUAUGGAACGUGGUUAACAAACAUCGUAACAAAAAAAAAUGUAAACAUGAAAAAAAGCUGACAUUAAAACUUGAAAAUAGAAUUACUGAUGACCCAAGACUUGUAGUGGACACAUUUUCGAAACUUUUUAAUCAUAGCGAAAUUGCUACCACAGAAAAUUUUAACGCAGCUCAUACUAUAUUGACAACCAACACGUUGAAAUAUUUGUAA